GGGACCGACGCAGAGACUCCCUUGUUAGCUGUCGCCUUUGGCUCCGAAGCGGGGCGGGCCCUGGGCUGGAGAUACCGCGGUGCGGCCCUGCAGGAGUGCGGGGGACUCAUGAAAAAAGCAGUGUCGCUGAUAAAUGCAAUAGACAUAGGAAGAUUUCCACGAUUGCUCACCCGAAUUCUUCAAAAACUUCAUCUGAAGGCUGAGAACAGUUUCAGUGAAGAAGAAGAAGAAAAGCUUCAGGCUGCAUUUUCUCUAGAGAAACAAGAUCUUCACCUAGUUCUUGAAACAAUAUCAUUCAUUUUAGAACAGGCGGUGUAUCACAGCGUGAAGCCCGCGGCUCUGCAGCAGCAGUUAGAGAGCCUUCAUCUCAGACAAGACAAAGCGGAAGCUUUUGGCAAUGCUUGGUCUUCUAUGGGUCAAGAAACAGUUGAAAAAUUCAGACAGAGGAUUCUUGCUCCCCACAAGCUAGAGACGGUCGGAUGGCAGCUUAACCUUCAGAUGGCUCACUCUGCCCAAGCGAAACUAAAAUCUCCUCAAGCCGUGUUACAGCUGGGAGUGAGUGGUGAAGAUUCAAAGAGCAUGGAGAAAGUUCUUGUGGAAUUCAGUCACCAGGAGUUGUUUGAUUUCUAUAACAAGCUGGAGACCAUACAAGCACAGCUGGAUUCCCUGACGUGAUGUUCUCGAAGACUGGUUUCCCCAUCACACUCUUGCCACCUCAUCAUUCCGCCCUGAAGAUAGACUGCCAGGUUGUGUUUUCAGAAGGAUUCAGUAGCUUUCUUCUUGUAAAUUACCCGGCUUAUCACUUCUGAGAGAAAUAACCGCCAAGGAGAUCAUUGUUUCCAGAGCUUCUAGGACACAUCCCCUCGUUCUUUGAACCAGCAGCAAACAGUUGUUAAGAAUACUUUUGCUUUAAAGGAAACAGCAAUAGGGGUGCUUGGGUGGCUCAUUUGGCUAAGCCUCUGAUUUCCGCUCAGGUCGUGAUCUCACAGUUUGGGAGUUCGAGCCCUGCGUCGGGCUCUCUGCUGACAGCUCAGAGCCUGGA